AUGGGAUUUCCAGCUGCGAACAGCAGUGGAACUUUCAUAGCGAUGUCUACAAGUACUAUCGAUCUUGAUCGACUUCAAUAUCAUGUCUGCCUGCUUCUUAGUGGCAUAUAUUUACAGCAAAGUGAACGUAUGAAGGCCAAACAAUUAACAGAUAAAGCACAAGAAAUAGCUGAGAAGCUAAAAGAUGAAAUGAUGAUUGCGGAAAGUUUAUAUAGAUAUGGUGACAUUAAGCAAGAAGAAGGAGAUUGGAAUGGGGCAUUAAAUUGUUAUAUGAAAUCUGUUAAUAUAAAAUUAAGAUAUGGAGAUGAAUAUAAUCUGAGUAUCGCUAAUUCAUACCAAAAGAUAGGAAUCGUUUACUAUAGCCAGGGUAAUUAUAAAGAGGCUGAAUGCAUGUUUAAAAAAUUACUCAAAAUUACAUUAUCAGUCUUAGGUCAUAAUCAUCCCGAUGCUGCCGCGUCAUAUAACAACAUGGGAGCUGUAUAUUCUAAUCAAGGCAAGUAUGAAGAGGCUAUAUCUAUGUAUGAGAAGUCGCUCAAAAUUUCAUUGCCAGUCUUAGGUCAUAAUCAUCCCGAUGUUGCCGCAUCAUAUAACAACAUGGGAGAGGCAUAUAGACAUCAAGGCAAGCGUGAAAAGGCUAUUUCUAUGUAUGAGAAGUCGCUCAAAAUUAGAUUGUCAGUCUUAGGUCAUAAUCAUCCUGAUGUUGCCGCGUCAUAUAACAACAUGGGAGCUGUAUAUUCAGAUCAAGGCAAGCAUGAAGAAGCUAUUUCUAUGUAUGAGAAGUCGCUCAAAAUUACAUUGUCAAUCUUUGGCCAUAAUCAUCCUGAUGUUGCCGUAUCAUAUAACAACAUAGGAGCUGUAUAUUCUAAUCAAGGCAAGUAUGAAGAGGCUAUUUCUAUGUAUAAGAAGUCGCUCAAAAUUAGAUUGUCAGUCUUUGGUCAUAAUCAUCCUAAUGCUGCCGUAUCAUAUAACAACUUGGGAACUGUAUAUUUAGAUCAAAGCAAGCAUGAAGAAGCUAUUUCUAUGUAUAAGAAGUCACUCGAAAUUAUAAUAUCAGUCUUAGGUCAUAAUCAUCCCGAUGUUGCCGUAUCAUAUAAUAACAUGGGAGCUGUAUAUUCUAAUCAAGGCAAGCAUGAGGAGGCUAUUUCUAUGUAUGAGAAGUCACUCAAAAUUAAACUGUCAGUCUUAGGUCAUAAUCAUCCCGAUAUUACCGUAUCAUAUAACAAUCUGGGAAAUGCCUAUUUAGAUCAAGGCAAGUAUGAAGAGGCUAUUUCUAUGUAUGAGAAGUCACUCAAAAUUAGAUUAUCAGUCUUAGAUCAUAAUCAUCCCGAUAUUGCUGUAUCAUAUAACAACAUGGGAGAGGCAUAUAGACAUCAAGGCAAGCAUGAAGAAGCUAUUUCUAUGUAUGAGCAGUCACUCAAAAUUAGAUUGUCGGUCUUAGGUCAUAAUCAUCCAGAUGUUGCCAUGUCCUAUAACAAUCUAGGAAAUGCGUAUAGACAUCAAAGCAAGCAUGAAGAAGCUAUUUCUAUGUACGAAAAGUCACUCAAAAUUACAUUGCCAGUCUUAGGUCAUAAUCAUCCCGAUGUUGCCGGAUCAUAUAGCAACAUGGGAGCUGUAUAUUCUAAUCAAGGCAAGUAUGAAGAGGCUAUUUCUAUGAAUAAGAAGUCACUCAAAAUCAGAUUGUCAGUCUUAGGUCAUAAUCAUCCCGAUGUUGCCGCGUCAUAUAACAACAUGGGAGAGGUAUAUAGACAUCAAGGCAAGCAUGAAGAAGCUAUUUCUAUGUAUGAGAAGUCGCUCAAAAUUACAUUGUCAGUCUUAGGUCAUAAUCAUCCCGAUGUUGCCGCAUCAUAUAACAAUCUAGGAAAUACGUAUUUUAAUCAAGGCAAGUAUGAAGAGGCUAUUUCUAUGUAUGAGAAGUCACUCAAAAUUAGAUUGUCAGUCUUAGGUCAUAAUCAUCCUGAUGUUGCCGUAUUAUAUAACAAUAUGGGAGCUGUAAAUUUAGAUCAAGGCAAGUAUGAAGAGGCUAUUUCUAUGUAUGAGAAGUCGCUCAAAAUUACAUUGUCAGUCUUAGGUCAUAAUCAUCCCGAUGUUGCCGCGUCAUAUAACAACAUGGGAGAGGCAUAUAGAUAUCAAGGCAAGCAUGAAGAGGCUAUUUCUAUGUAUGAGAAGUCACUCAAAAUUACAUUGUCAGUCUUGGGUCAUAAUCAUCCCGAUAUUGCCGGAUCAUAUAACAAUCUAGGAAAUGCGUAUAGACAUCAAGGCAAGCAUGAAGAAGCUAUUUCUAUGUAUGAGAAGUCACUCAAAAUUACAUUGUCAGUCUUAGGCCAUAAUCAUCCCGAUGUUGCCGGAUCAUAUAACAAUCUAGGAAAUGCGUACUCUAAUCAAGGCAAGUAUGAAGAGGCUAUUUCUAUGUAUGAGAAGUCACUCAAAAUUCGAUUGUCAGUCUUAGAUCAUAAUCAUCCCGAUAUUGCCGCGUCAUAUAACAACAUGGGAGAGGCAUAUAGACAUCAAGGCAAGCGUGAAGAGGCUAUUUCUAUGUAUGAAAAGUCGCUCAAAAUUAGAUUGUCAGUGUUAGGUCAUAAUCAUCCCGAUGUUGCCGUAUUAUAUAACAAUAUGGGAGCUGUAUAUUUAGAUCAAGGCAAGCAUGAAGAGGCUAUUUCUAUGCAUGAAAAGUCACUCAAAAUUAGAUUGUCAGUCUUAGGUCAUAAUCAUCCUGAUGUUGCCGGAUCAUAUAACAACAUAGGAACUGUAUAUUCUAAUCAAGGCAAGCAUGAAGAGGCUAUUUCUAUGAAGAAGAAGUCACUCAAAAUUAGACUGUCAGUCUUAGGUCAUAAUCAUCCCGAUGUUGCCGCGUCAUAUAACAACAUGGGAGAGGUAUAUAGACAUCAAGGCAAGCAUGAAGAAGCUAUUUCUAUGUAUGAGAAGUCGCUCAAAAUUACAUUGUCAGUCUUAGGUCAUAAUCAUCCCCAUGUUGCUGCAUCGUAUAACAACCUAGGAAAUGCGUAUUUAGAUCAUGGCAAGCAUGAAGAGGCUAUUUCUAUGUAUGAGAAGUCACUCAAAAUUAGAUUGGCAGUUUUAGGUCAUAAUCAUCCUGAUGUUGCCGGAUCAUAUAACAAUCUAGGAAAUGCGUAUAGACAUCAAGGCAAGCAUGAAGAAGCUAUUUCUAUGUAUGAGAAGUCACUCAAAAUUACAUUGUCAGUCUUAGGUCAUAAUCAUCCUGAUAUUGCUGCAUCAUAUAACAACAUGGGAGCUGUAUAUUCUAAUCAAGGCAAGUAUGAAGAGGCUAUUUCUAUGUAUGAGAAGUCACUCAAAAUUCGAUUGUCAGUCUUAGAUCAUAAUCAUCCCGAUAUUGCCGGAUCAUAUAACAAUCUAGGAAAUGCGCAUAGACAUCAAGGCAAGCUUGAAGAAGCUAUUUCUAUGUAUGAGAAGUCACUCAAAAUUAGAUUGUCAGUCUUAGAUCAUAAUCAUCCCGAUGUUGCCGUAUCAUAUAACAAUCUAGGAAAUGCACAUAGACAUCAAGGCAAGCUUGAAGAAGCUAUUUCUAUGUAUGAGAAGUCACUCAAAAUAACAUUAUCAGUCUUAGAUCAUAAUCAUCCCCAUGUUGCCGCAAUAUAUAACAAUAUGGGAGCUGUAUAUGUAGAUCAAGGCAAGCAUGAAGAAGCUAUUUCUAUGUAUGAGAAGUCGCUCAAAAUUACAUUGUCAGUCUUAGAUCAUAAUCAUCCCCAUGUUGCCGUAUCAUAUAACAACAUAAGAGCUGUAUAUUCUAAUCAAGGCAAGCAUGAAGAGGCUAUUUCUAUGUAUAAAAAGUCACUCAAAAUUACAUCGUCAGUCUUAGGUCAUAAUCAUCCCGAUGUUGCUCUAUCAUAUAACAAUCUAGGAAAUGCGUAUGAUAAACAAGGCAAGCAUGAAGAGGCUAUUUCUAUGUAUGAAAAGUCACUCAAAGUUACAUCGUCAGUCUUAAGUCAUAAUCAUCCCCGAUGUUGCUCUAUCAUAUAA